AUGGAUAACGAAAAAGGCAAAGCAAGUUCGGAUCCAUACACGACGAAAAUUCUAAUCGAUGUUUGUGCCGAGCAAAUAGUGCACAAGGAACACCAAGGAACGUCAUUUAUAAGGCCUGGUUGGAACAAAAUUACAAAGAGUUUUCAGAAAAGGAGCGAGAAAAUGUAUGACAGGAAGCAAUUUAAGAAUAGAUUUGACAUUUUGAGAAAGGAUUGGAAGUUGUGGGAAAAACUUAUGUCUGGGGAGACUGGCAUUGGUUAUGAUGCAGCGACAAAUAGGGUGGCUCCCAAUUUCAAGAAAUUUAGACAUCAGGGGUUGAUGUUUGCAUCAAAUCUAAUGAAGAUAUUCAAAGAUGUUGUGGCUUCAGGAGAGUAUAUGUGCACACCAUCAGCCUCACAGCCUAAGCCAGCAUUCGCUCCACAGCCUGACACAGAAGAGGAGGAGGACGUUUAUAGAGUUGGGCUCGACCAACAAGAAGGGUUGAGGACAGUGAGGAUGAAAAUUUCGAGGAAGAGGGGUGAGACGUCUGAUGCGAAGAAGAAGAAAGAAGUUGCUACCUCUACUAAAAUUUCUGAUAGCCUUAGUGUUAUAGCAACUGCUUUUGACAAGCAAGCAACAACAUUGGUUGAAAAUCCCCAACUAGUUGACAAGGUUUUGGCACACUUGGCUACCCUUGAGGAGCUUAAUGAUGACCCUUAA